AAAGCCGCAGCAGCCGCCUCCUCAAGCCACCGAGCACAGAAGAAGAAGAAAUGGUCAAAGGGAAAAGUGAAAGACAAAGCAAACAACGCUGUUGUUGUCGACAAACCUACUUUUGACAAGAUUUUCAAGGAGGUUCCUACCUACAAAAUGAUCUCACAAUCCGUCUUGAUCGACCGAAUGAAAAUUAACGGCAGUCUUGCUCGAGUGGCCAUUCAACAUUUGGAACGAGAGGGUCUCAUCAAACGUAUCGUUCACCACCGUGGUCAACUCGUCUACAGUAAGGAACAUCGUCAAGUAGUCAACCAGAAUCACAAGCUGAUGAGAUUCAUUGGGCUUGCCCGCUCCCUUGAUUUCUUUUCAUAG